AUGCAUUCCGCCGAGGAUACGGGACAACGUUCGCGAAACAACAACGCGAAACAGUUUCGGUUUGGCAACAGAGACAAACAAAUCGGAAGCAUGUGCUCGGCCUUUAAAGUGAUUAUUGUUGGCGCGGGAGUAUCGGGCAUUGCAGCCGCAUGCCGUUUGUACGAGCAUGGCGUACGGAACAUUGAAAUACUGGAAGCUACCGAUCGAAUUGGAGGUAGAAUUCAUUCCGUGCCUUUCGGAACCAACUUUAUUGACUACGGAGCUCAAUGGUGUCAUGGAGAGAAAAAUAACGUGAUCUUCGAAAUGGCCAAUCCCCUAGGCAUACUGGAGACAUCAAUUGUCAAUAGUGACAUUCGUCUCGUUACAUCCGAUGGAAUCGUAGAUCAGGAUAUCACUGAUCGUUUGAUGGCCUUACAUGAAAAAAUACUAGAGUCGGAGGAUCGGAACAAAUAUGUCGGUACUUUCGGCGAUUAUGUGACCAAUAAAUACAUGGACGCAAUCAAUCAAGAUGAUAUGAAGGAUAUUGAUCGGAAGCUUGUUGGACCGUUUCUCAAUUACCUUCAUGACGCUCAGAGAGGAUUGGACGCGAUUGAUUCAUGGUUUGAUCGUCCGGCUGAAGAUAGCGAUGGUUUGGAACCCAUUGAAGGCGACCCUUCCGUUAGUUGGAAGGGAAAGGGUUCGAUUACUGCAAUCAAUUUACUUCUGAAUAGGCAUCCUGCUCAAACUGGAGUUAAUCCAAUACCAAUUGAAGAUAUGAUUGUAUUCAACAAAAAAGUAACCUCUAUUAACUGGAACAGCGGACCGGAUGAACCCGUUAAGGUCACCUGCUCCGAUGGAACGGAAUACAAAGCCGACCACGUGAUUUUGACAGUGUCUCUUGGAGUUUUGAAAGAAAAAUACCAUGAAAUGUUCGUGCCUACCCUGCCAAUUAUGAAGCAAAACGCCAUCAAGGGAAUUUUCUUCGGAACUGUCAAUAAAAUCAUGAUGGAGUUCGAAACUCCAUUCUGGAACGACUUCGGUAACGUUUUCAGUUUGCUGUGGGAUCCAACAGAUUUGGAGGAGAUCCGCGCGUCGAAACAUUCGUGGAUUGUGGCUGCAGCAUCGAUUUUCAAAGUUGAUUGUCAACCGAACCUUCUUGUGAUUUGGUUGAACGGACCAAAAGGACGAGAAUCUGAACUGCUUCCAGAUGCAGAAAUUAUCGAGGGGAUCAUGGUUUUGUUGAACAAGUUUUUGAAAUUUGCUGCAGUUGAGAAACCGAAACAGAUUAUGAGAUCGAAAUGGUCGACGGAUCCAAACUUCCGGGGAUCGUACUCUAGCCGUUCGCUAGCAACGAAUCUACUGAGGACUGGCUUUCGUGAUCUGGCCGUUCCGCUGACAGAUUGUCUAGGAAAACCGGUGCUGCUGUUUGCCGGUGAGGCAACCAACGAGAAGCGAUACGGAACCAUCCAAGGAGCGACAGAAAGUGGUUGGAGGGAGGCCGAUCGUUUGAUUAACUUUCAUAAACGGUGA